GCUUUCAGAGUGGUUCGUAAACAUCAUCGAUGAUGACGAUUUUUCACACCUGAUGACGACCGUUUUGUGUUAUGGUCGAAACGUCGUGAGAAUUUGUAUUGUUUUAUAUAUAUUUUAUUACUUUAUUGUUUCCCUUCAACGUGACUUUACCGAAACAGCUAAGAAUAUCAUCGACGACGGUUUAAUUAGGUGCAAAAAUCGAUUCCAGCAACCGCUACGGAUGAAUCGGUUUGCGAGGAAUCGACAAGGGAAUCGAUACGGGCCCACUGUAAUAAACACGUGGGUUGGCCACUCGCUGUGUUGUGUGUGUGUGUGCUGCAGGAAACACGCGAGGCGCAGUGUGUCCUCUGGGGCCGCCUCAAUGUCGAAACAUCUUCGCCAAUUAACGUCGCCGCGGUUAACUUAAAAGCCCGGCAACCUCCACCCACCCCCGACAUGGCGUGCGCGUUCCGCAGGGCAGUGGCUCGCCAGCUUUCGCGAGUGCUGGCCGCAGAUGAAGAGGCACUGGUUCCGCUGGUGCGAGUGGUUCCAGUCACCAAGCAAGAGGAUUUGUCCGGGGCCCUCGCUCAUUUCCAAGUGUCCGUGCGGGCGCUGGCGGACGGGGGCCUCCUCGGUCCGGUCUUCGACGUGGACGCCGAGGCGCGGAGUUUGGCACGCAAGGUGCCAUGCGACUCGGUGGUGUCGGCGGUGGGAGUACAGAGACAAGGCCUGCUUGGGUUUACCGUGGAUAGCGCCCUGCUGACGUCGACUGUGCUGCGCAGAGUGGAGGAGGAUGGAGAGUGUUUCGGAGCCACAAGCGAGCUGUUCUCUGGCCUCUCCAGGGAAAGAAUAAUAAUCGAGUAUAGCUCGCCUAACAUCGCUAAGAAGUUCCACGCUGGGCACUUGCGGUCCACCAUCAUUGGAAACUUCCUUGCGAACCUGCAUGACUUCCUGCGGCACGAUGUAAUUCGUAUGAACUACCUUGGUGACUGGGGCAUGCAGUUCGGCAUGCUGGGAGCUGGGUUUCAGCGUUUCGGCUCCACAGAACACCUGGAGAGGAACCCUAUUCAGCACCUGUUUGAGGUGUAUGUGCAAGCGAACCGCGCAGCCAAGGACGAUCCGGCGCUGGAACAGGAAGCGCGAAUCUUCUUGCGGAGCCUGGAGGACGGCGGAGACGAGGCUCUGUCUCUGUGGCGGAAAUUCCGUGCGCUCAGCGUGGAGAAUUACAGCAUGACGUACCAGCGGCUGGCAGUGCGGUUUGACGAGUACUCAGGCGAGUCCCUCUACAGGGACAAGGCCCAGGACGUGGUGUCACGGCUGAAGGAACUGGGCCUCUUCACAACAACCGAGCAGGGCACGGGGGUGGUGGAUCUGUCGCCGGGACGUGACAUGACCUCACUCGCCACGCUCACGCGAAGCGACGGCUCCUCCCUCUACCUGACCAGGGACAUAGCGGCUGCUGUUGACCGCAUGGAUCGCUAUUGCUUCGACAAAAUGGUCUACGUGACGGACAAAGGGCAGGAGGGACACUUCCGCCAGGUGUUCGAGACCCUGAGGCUCAUGGGAAAUGGCUGGACGGAUCGGUGCGUUCACGUGGGCUUUGGCCUGGUGCAGGGCAUGAAGACGCGGAGGGGCGACGUCGUCUUCCUUGAGGACGUGCUGGACGAGGCCCAGGCCAGGAUGAGGCAGAACAUGGACUCCACGUCCACCACCAAGGAGCUGGAUGACCCAGAGGGCACGGCAGAGAAGCUCGGCAUUGCCGCCAUCAUUAUUCAGGACUUCCAGGGUGACCUCAAAAAAGGCUACAAGUUCGACUGGGCCCGAGUACUGCAGAGCCGAGGCGACACGGGUGUCUUCCUGCAGUACACACACGCGCGUCUCUGCAGUCUGGAGAGGAGCUGUGGGGUGGCGCUGGGAAAGGAGUUCAGUCCAAGCCACCUGCAAGAGAGCCCCGCGCCAGCGCUGGUGCAGCACCUGAUGCGCUACGACGAGGCGGUGGAGGAGGCGGCGUGCGAGCUGCAGCCUCGACCGCUGGUGCAGUUCCUCUUCACGCUCAGUCGGUUGGCAGCGGUGGCUCACCGGAACCUUCCUGUCAAGGGGAUGCCCUCCGAUCUCGCCCAGGCCAGGCUGCACCUGUUUGUGGCGACGCGCUCUGUCCUCGCCCGUGGACUGCGGCUGCUGGGCAUCGUCCCCGUCGACCGCAUGUGACGGCGCCGUUCGCUUCUGCGGCAGCUCCGGGCGGCUACAGCUUCAAGACGAUCGCCAGGCGGCGGGCGGGGAGACGGGAUUGUCGCAGUGACGGCGGGGGCAGGAGGGGGUUACCAUCACUCGCGGAGACUGAGGUGUCUACGUUCGCAACAGGGCCACGUGGGAGCGGCAACCUGCAACAGCCGACUCGAUCCAAUGUCGACGAUGUUGAUACAGAGUCAGAAUAUUUAUUUAUACUGGAGGAAUUCGAUGAGCUAUUGAGCUUUGUUUCACAGAUGUCCAGAAAUGGGGAGGCGGUGGCACAAAUGUGGCGAUGCUCAGGUACUCCGACUUCUGGCUACAGGAGUUGGAAUCCUGCCCGUGGAUUCAGUGCAGUGGGGCAAAUCGGAGCGUCCGCACGAAUUGUCAGGGAAGUUCUUGGCCAGACUGGCUGCGUGUGCGUGACCAAUGAAGCCAGCAGAAGAACGACAAACACAGCUUGCACACACUGCAAUAACUCCCCCCGGAGAAAAAGCUCAUGGGAAGACAAACAUCGUUAUCUUCCACGAGAAUCGUGCCAGUUAUCUAGCAGGAAAAGCCUCACGAAGUCUGAAGACUCUUUUUCAUAAGGAUCCAACAUUGGGAUGUUUAACCAAUAGCAUGAAUGAGCAUUUGGCUUCUUGAUGUGGGAGGAAGCCGGAGAGCCGAGACAAAAAACGUCCAUGCAUAUUAGUGGGUGACACUCAGCCCUGCCAUCUCCUGGUCACACCUCGCAGCCACACGCCUUCCACACGUAGCAAGCCCCGGUGGUUACUGAUCCGCUAACCAGGCUUGUCAGAACUGAUGCAGGUUGAAUAUUUUUAUGAUGAUUUUGUCAUAAGCAUUCCAUUGAGUUUUAUCGAAUUUAAAAAAAUUUAAGUAAUGAAAUGUGUGCAUUGUAUUUCAUUGGAACAUUGCAAAGGUAUAUUAUAUUCCAUAAUAAUUCCAUGUAGUUGGAAUUUACGUGGAUAGUCGUGGUCUGUUCUUUAAUAAAUAUAAAUUCAUAGAGUGUUCUUUGAAGGGCUUGUCCACAUGGACCGGUGUUGAGAGAGAACAUUUUGGAAUCAUUAAAAUCUACACUCCCCGGCACGCACACGAUUAAAUUAGCUGCACUGCGGCUGUUUCGUAGGUAAAUAACGACGAAAAUAUACACUAAACGAUGGUAGUAUUCAAUCCAGAUCGCCUUUGUGAAAUGUGUGCAAUGGAAUUUCCCAAAUGUUACAUCCAUAUCCACAUUUUCGAACGGUGAAUGUACCUGUUUUAGAAGUCGAAUUUUGGCCUCUAGUUUUCCUUGCUGGGUUUUGGAGUACACUGAGGAUAUUCAGACCAAUUAAUAAUAGGAUCAACAGGCAACAGUGGAAACCAAACGACGGAGGUGUGCUUUUUUGUCCGUCUCGGGAGAGUAUACCCGUCUGAGCUGGCUGCGUGUGUUACAGAAGUGUCUGUCCUUUCAUCCAAUUUGGCUGGGCCAGAGGGAAAUCUAUUACUAAAAUUGGGGGGGGGGACGAAUAACAAUUUGGUGGAGCCAUUGUUGCCUUGGUUACGAGUUGCCUUGUAAUUGGACGAGAUCACUGCACGGAGCAGCGGACCACGGCCACUUGCAAAAAGCAGCCACUUACGACGGCAGAAGGACCCCCCUUGUACAGCCUCUACCACACGGUCGGUAAUUUAACCAUACUUCACUACGCUGAUCCAUGCAGGUCGGUGAAGGAAGUAUCUGCACCCACCCAGGUCCGGUUUCGAUCUCGAAAGUUACAUAAGCCGUGGCCAGGAAUCAAACUGGUCGCUGGGUUCGGUAAAGUCACGUAGGUAAAAAAUAAAACAAAAAUCACGACGUUUCGGCCACAA